UCCCCAGAGCUUAGCCAGAGGACCCAAAGCAGCUAUAUGAGAAAGGAAAGUCCCACCAGGAGGGGUGAUUGAGGGGCCGACGGGAACUUAACAAUGCUGGUGCCCGACCUGCCAGACUCCCAGACUCUCCAGGGAAGGGUCUGUUGGGGCCAGUAAAGCUUGGCUCCCCGAUCCCAGAAACCUUCCUAUCACUCGUCUUGACUCGAAAGUUCCAGGAUUGGAAAACCCCAAAUGGGACCACGAAGAGUUGGUAACAACACAGGGGAGACAAGCCUGGUGCAUGUCUGGAGCUCCGGAGUUCUGAGCUGCAGUGGUCUAUGCCAAUCAAGUGUCCACCCCAAGUUGAGCAUCAAUAUGGCGAACCUCUGGUCAGUGGGCUAUGAGUGUACCUAAGGAAGGGCAAACUGAACUGGAUCUUAAAUUAGAGGUCUGAGAGACCCAGGCCCACCAUGGACACAUGCUGGAACUCUACCAAUACCUCCCAGGGACACUUGGAUUCUGACGCCUUGCGGGCCUACAUGGUACUAGAUUUUCCCCAGAAGACGGCCAUCGCCGUGCUCUGUUCCCUCUUAGGCAUCCUGUGUGUCCUGGAGAAUGCCAUUGUGUUCUUCCUGAUCCUGUCCUCCCCCAGGCUCCGCAGAAAACCCUCUUACCUGUUCAUUAGCAGCCUCGCAGGGGCUGACUUCCUGGCCAGCCUGGUUUUUGUCAUCAGCUUUGUAAAAUUCCAUGUCUUCCACCAGGAAGAAUCCAGGACCGCCUUCCUCCUGAAACUUGGGGGUGUCACCAUGACCUUUACGGGCUCUGUGGGCAGCCUGCUGCUGACCGCCAUCGACCGCUACCUCUGCCUGUGCCACCCUGCCAAGUGCAAGGCCCUGCUCACCCGGGGAAGGGCACUGGCCGCACUGGCAGCCAUGUGGACCAUCUCAGUGGUGGUCUCCUACCUGCCGCUCAUGGGGUGGACCUGUUGCCCCAGACCCUGCUCCGAGCUCUUUCCCCUAAUUCCCAAUGACUACCUGCUCAGCUGGAUCGUGCUCAUCAUCCUUCUGCUGGUUGCCAUCAUUUACACCUACACCUAUGUCCUAUGGAAGGCCUACCGGCACACGUCGAAUUUGGUAGUGUACCAACAGAGGCGAUUGACAGGCGUGUCUCGGAUACGGCUCGAUGUGAGGUUGGCCAAGACCCUGGGAGUGGUAGUGCUGGUUCUGCUUCUCUGCUGGCUGCCUGUACUGACCCUCAUGGUCUACAGUUUGGCUGCCUCAUUGAAUGAACACAUUAAGAAGGUCUUUGCUUUUUGUUCCAUGCUAUGCCUGGUCAAUUCCAUGGUGAACCCUGUUAUCUAUGCCCAGCGAAGUAGGGAGAUCCGUUCCUCUGCCAGGAACUGUCUGACCCGUUGGAAAAAUAUGCUCAGAGGCAUUGGAGCAGAGGGUACAGAGGAUACUCAGAAAUCCUCGGUCACAGAGACAGAGGGGGAGACGAAAGUCACCUGAGCCCCUGGUCCUAGCCUCCCUGUUGUCUUGGUUCAUUAACUUCUAUGUAGGUUUCUGAUAUCAAAAGUAAUAGGCAUGCCUACCUUCUCAAAAUCACCUAUUAUUAACACUAAAAAAAAACCCUUUUUUUUAGUAUAAAGAUAACAGAGAGGCAAUGUGCUAUAGUAGUUAUAGAGGCUCGAAGGCUGGCCUCAGAGUCAGGAAGACCUGGGCUCAAAUCUGGCCUCUGACACAUGCUGGCUGUGUGACCUUGGGUUAG